AGCAACCGGAUUUCCGGUCCCUGGUGUAAGGGGUGAAAGCCAAGUGAGACGCUUAGUCCGUCGUCGACGUUAAUCGCUGUCGUCACUGCUAACGGUAAUAAGUCUUAGGCUGGCUCUUCUUCCCCAGCCCCGGCAUCGCUGCCAGCCCUGAUUGCGGGGCGAAGGGGAUCGCUGCGACAUCUGGCGGGCGCUGCUGCGAGCCGCCCUGGGCCGCCGGUGAGGAGCGGCCCCUCCCGCGGCUGCUCCGAUAGGGGGCGGGGCUCGGCGGCUGCGCGCGCAGCUCCGAGUGUCGGCGGCUGUCCUGGUCUCUCCUUUAGAAGAGAUUGCACUGUCACCCACCCAGGACUUGAGAACGCAAAGUGAAAAACAAGCAGCCACGCCACGCCCCCGUGGAACUCACAGAUGGGGAGGGGGAGAACGCCACGGCAGUAGAUGAGGUCACAACUUGGAGCGAUCCUGGAAGGACAGUCGUGUGUGGUGUCCCUGGGGAAGGAGACGCUCGAGCUGAAAGUUGAAUAACAAACAGUACGCCAGCAGGAGUUUGUGUGCACCAGACCUGUGGGAGAGAAAUAUCUGGCCCGUAAGAACAUGAGAGAAAUAAAGAAGCCUGCAGAGUUGGAAUCUCAGACCUCAAGUUCUGUUAGGAGUUGCUAAAAUCAUGGUGAAAGGUUGCUCGGCCAUUGGAUGUGCCUCUCGCUGUUUACCAAAUUCCAAGUUAAAAGGACUGACAUUUCAUGUAUUCCCCACAGAUGAAAACAUCAAAAGAAAGUGGGUAUUAGCCAUGAAAAGACUAGAUGUGAAUACUGCAAGCAUUUGGAAGCCUAAAAAAGGAGAUGUGCUGUGUUCAAGACACUUCAAGAAGACAGACUUUGACAGAAGCACUCCAAACACUAAGCUGAAAGCAGGAGCCAUCCCUUCUAUCUUUGAAUCUCCAUAUCACUUACAGGAGAAAAGAGAAAAACUUCACUGUAGAAAAAACUUCCUUCUCAAAACCCUUCCCAUCACCCACCGUGGCCACCAGCUUGUUGGUGCCUCCUGCACUGAAGAAUUCCAACCCCAGUUCGUUUUUGAACAUAGCUACAGUGUUAUGGACAGCCCAAAGAAGCUUAAGCAUAAGCUAGACCGUGUGAUCAUCGAGCUGGAAAAUACCAAGGAAAGCCUACGGAAUGUUUUGGACCGAGAAAAACACUUUCAAAAGUCACUGAGGAAGACAAUCAUGGAACUAAAGGAUGAAAGUCUGAUCAGCCAGGAAACAGCCAAUAGGCUGGGUGCUUUCUGUUGGGAGUGCUGUCAUGAAAGCACAGCAGGAGGCUGUAGUUUGUGAAGUCAUUUCUUAUAUGCUUCAUCUGCAGUUGACAUGGCAGUGCUUCUUAGAAGAUUCUCCCACACCGCCACUCAAGCAGGUCAGCACCGACAGCAUUAUGGAAGCCAAAAGCGUGUUAAAGAUGUGCAGAAAGCUGGUGUGGUCAUGCUCUUGUGUGACUUGUGACAAUUAUGCUUUUACAGACCUAAACCAGUGCUGGGUCACUACUCCAAGGUAGUUAAAUCUCACAAAAGUAAGGAACUAUAUCAAGUUGGCCACAUUAAGUUCUGGCAAUUAGAAAGAACAACGCAUGUUUACUUGUAUAUGCUUUACAGUAGCUUGUGAUUCUAAUUGUAAAUAUCUUACUAUAAAGCAGAAUUUGUUUACAACACAUGUUCAUCUUGUACCCACCCCAAGGUGCUUUAGUUAUUAGUCAUACUACAGAGCAUUCUUUUUAAUAAGGCCCUCGGUAGCACUGGCCCUGAGAAUAACGCACGGUAAAGACGUACUGCCUUUUAAGUUAAGAGGCAAUUAAAGGAGACUGCUGACAGGGUGCUGGUUGUCGGGUACAGUGUGCCAUUCCUCCACACCGGGACCAGUCUGAUGUAAACCAUAAAAAACAGCUGUAAGCGCCAGAGUAGGAGUGUGUAAAACAAGGAAUAUAAAAUGUAAGAAAACAUAAGGAAAAGUUUUUUAAAUGUACAGGCCUUGCCAUAGAAAUAGAAGCAGAGAAUUGUCCCAUGGCAGUAAUUAACUUCCUAGAGAAACAGACAUUCAAAAGAGAUGCUUUGAAACUUCUUACCAAAUAGAUAAAAGAAAAGUCUUAGCUAUUUACUGAUUGAGCCAAAUGUGAAAAAUUAACUGAAGUUAAGAAUCAUAAAUACUGUCUUAAAAAGUAUUGCCCAAGCCGGGCAUGGUGACACACACCUUUAAUCCCAGCACUCGGGAAGCAGAGGCAGGGGGAUUUCUGAGUUCAAGGCCAGCCUGGUCUACAAAGUGAGUUCCAGGACUAUACAGCCAGGGCUAUACAGAGAAACCCUGUCUCGAAAAACCAAAAAAAAAAAAAAAAAAAUUGCCCAAAGCCCCACCCCAUGCCAAGCACAGGUCUGUGAAUGAACCUUGUUCAGAGACCUGUGCAUAGUCACCAGAAUAUGUGUAGCAAUUGUGUCAUCGUUUUAUUAAAUCACUUUCAUGUUUUGUAACUUUGUUUCAUGUUAGUGUCAUACCUAUAUGGUUAGUUGAAGAUUUUUGUGUUAAGGAUAUUUAAUUUUCAUGUGGGACUGUAAAUCUUCCCUCUAAAAGAGACUUUGAUUUUAAUUGCCUGCCUGUCAUUUCUUUUCCCUAUGUAAUGCCUAAGUCACAGGGUACUCUAUACUUCCCACAGGAAGUAAGGGUAGAUUCUAAGCCCCCAGCCCCUCUGUGAGUGUGGACAUUAAAGUUGGUGAUGGAGUAACUGAAAGGGAAGGCUGCAGCAGAGUCUGCAGACUCGCCCUCCCCUGGCUGCCUGCGAUAGAGCACCCCUGCAAGACUCUCCAAAGGAAGGGUCCAGAUUCUGCCCAGUUACAGUUACAGUCACUCUGCUGCUUCCAUCUUGCUGAGCUCAAGUCUUUGUCCUCUCUUUCACUAGGUCUAGUAUCACUGAGAAACUGGUAACUGGGAGAAAUAUCAGUAAGAACCCAUUUGCUCUUUACUCCUCCAGAGAACCAGUAGAAAUCAGACUUAGGAUAGGAUCCCUGCCACCUGACACCUAAAUGCCUAAACAUAGUCCCUACCUCAGUCCUCCACUCAGAGAUUGCAGCCUAGGUCUUCCAGGGAAGAACAGCUGCUUAUAUAGUAAAGCUACCCUGGGUGGUGAUGGUGAAUGCCUUUGAUCCCAGCACUCCAGGGCUUAGAGGCACAGGCAGGUAGAUCUCUAUGAGACAGUCAGGGCUACACAGAGAAAUCCUGUCCUGAAAAAUCAAAGAUGAUGAUGAUGACGACGACGACGUAAAGCUAAAUCAUGACCUAUCUAGAAGUCCUCAGGCAAACAAAGCUGACCCAAGAGCUCUAGUUUUUAAACAUAGACUGGUCUCUAGACCCUGAAACACCCUUGAAUGCCAAAGAAGGUACGAAGGACUUGAUGUGGCAUUUUCUUCUCCAUAUCAAGUUUAAACUUCAGAAAAUAAACUUUGUUGCUAAAGGUAGCUAUAAUUAUAUAAGUCGUAAUUUGAGAAAAGAUGAAAAUAUUGAAUACAGUUUUAGUUUUUAAAAGUAAAAUUCUUAACAGAAAUAAUUGAAAAAUGAAAGCCAUUUAUUUGAAAAAUAAAAAUUUUGUCUAAUAA